AUUUUGUUUGUGAAUUAUACAUCGGUAGAGAACAUGUCGUCGAGAUACGAUCGCGCUAUUACCGUCUUUUCACCGGACGGCCACUUGCUGCAGGUAGAGUACGCCCAAGAAGCGGUCCGCAAAGGAUCGACCGCAAUCGGAGUGCGCGGUAAGGAUGUUGUGGUGCUCGGCGUAGAAAAGAAAUCUGUCGCCAAACUGCAGGAAGAACGUACCGUCCGGAAGAUUUGUCUGCUGGACCAUCAUGUCGUGAUGGCAUUUGCUGGCCUAACGGCCGACGCUCGUGUACUGAUCAACCGCGCCCAGGUACAGUGCCAGUCACACAAACUCUCGGAGGAAGAUCCCGUUACGCUGGAGUACAUCACCCGCUACAUUGCUGAGCUGAAGCAGAAACACACGCAGAGCAACGGACGUCGUCCUUUUGGCAUUUCCUGCCUGAUCGGUGGCUUCGACUAUGACGGCGUACCGCAUCUAUACAAAACGGAACCAUCCGGUGUGUACUGCGAGUGGAAGGCCAACGCUACGGGCCGCUCGGCGAAGACGGUGCGCGAAUUCCUAGAGGAGCACUAUUCUCCGGCCGCGGUCAGUACAGAGGAGGGAACGAUCACGCUAGCAAUACGGGCCCUGCUUGAGGUGGUGCAGUCUGGACAGAAAAGCCUAGAGGUUGCGGUAAUGAGACGCGACGAACCGAUGAAGAUGCUGGACGCUCAAACGAUUGAAGAGUACGUGAAAAAGAUUGAACUAGCGAAGGAGGAGGAGGCAGAGAAGAAAAAGGCGAAGAAGUGAUUUACCCUCGCUG